ACAAACAGAAGAUAGCAACAAAAUCAUGUUCCUCAGAAGCUGCAAUUUCACAGGAAUGAUUAGACCAUUUUGAGAAAUUCUAUCAUAGAUAAGUCUAAAAUGUUAGAGCUUAGGUUACCUGUUUUUUCUUAACAAUGAUACACAUGUCAAAACACAAAUUUGUAACAAACUUAGAAUCUAACUAAUUACCACGCUAUAUAAGGUGAUUUGUUGAACCUCCAUCUACAAAUAUGCAACUUUUUCACUCCCUUAUAUAAUCACAGAAAAAAUAACGUCUCGUCUAUUAUAUUCGACAUCAAAAAUAAUUGCAUCUCAUGGCAAAGUGGCAAUUUCUUCUCACUUUGGUUCUCAUAUCUUCCCUAGGAGCUGAAGCUGCAAAAUUUACCCUGCAGAAUAAAUGCAGGUCAACUAUAUGGCCAGGAAGUCUAUCGGGAGGGGGACCUUUAUUAAUCAAUGGUGGGACUAGAUUAAAACCAGGUCAAUCAAUAACUAUCGAUGUACCUCAUAAAUGGUCGGGCCGGUUUUGGGCUCGUACCGGUUGUCAUUUUGAUCGUUCCGGCAAGGGAAAGUGUGCCACAGGUGACUGUGGUGGUUUGAAACAUUGUGGUGGAGUUGGCGGAGUACCGCCAGUCACACUGGCUGAGUUCACCCUAGAUGACCUAAACUUUUAUGAUGUCAGCCUUGUCGACGGCUACAAUGUCCCUAUUUCUAUCUACCCUUAUGGAGGCACUGGUGACUGCAAGAAGGUUGAAUGCUUUGCAAACUUGAAUCCGAGAUGCCCUAAGGAUCUACAGAUGAGAGUUAAUGGAAGGGUUGUGGCGUGCAAGAGCGCAUGUGCAGCAUACAAUACUCCACAAUAUUGUUGCACCGGCGCUUAUGGCUCGCCGCAGACUUGCAAGCCUACAGGUUUUUCAAAGAUAUUCAAGGCUGCUUGUCCUACAUAUUAUAGUUAUGCAUAUGAUGAUGCAACAAGCACAUUUACAUGCAGAUGGGCUAAUUACACAAUUAGGUUUUGUUGAAAUUGUGUGACCGUACGAUCAUUGUAAAGAGAUAUUACAUACAUUAUACAUGUAUUGAUUGAGAAAUAUCUAUAAGAGAAUCCUACUAUGUGAUUCAGGACUAGAAAUGCAGAUCAAAACUGAUUUUAAGGGUUUUGUGUUUGCAGAUAACCACGGAAUACUAUGAAAUGAAUAAAAAUCACAUGAACUUUGGCAUGUUAUUGUCAA